UUUAAAACAUAAAAAACAUGUAUUUGUACCAGUGGACACAGUCCUGAAUAAUGAUUACAGUAUUGCAUAGAGCAAAGCAGUUUUUAUUCAAGAUCACCGGCUAAUUUCAAACACAGUUUUCUGUUUAAAAUGUCCACAACCAACAUGUUACCCACUCCCCACACUUUAAUUGUCAACUGGAUAACCUCAAUAACCCAAAUGCAACCCUAAUAAACUUUACAUGUAAUUUCAUGCAGAUCGUAAAGGCUGGCAAGUUCUCAAAAUCGCAGUACUUGAACGCCACCUGCUGGACGUCUGUGUGACAUGAACGUCUUAACUAAACAUCUAGGGAAGUUACCUCAUAUAAACCUUCAGUUUUUUGUGCAGUCUUAUUAAAAUGUGUUUACGUCACUUUAUAGAAACAGAACAGUUGGCUGUUGAGCUGCAGAAAGCUGGUCUGUGUUAUCAGCCUGAAAACUCUGAGGUCAGGAGUGAAGUGGGAACAGAGCAACAAUUGAAGGAAAUCCCCAUUGAGACUGAGAGCUUGAUAACCUGCAGACUCUCUAGUGGAUAGUUAGAUUUUCAUGGGUUAGUUUAUCCAGAACUUUGUCCGGACACUUGGAGACACAGCCAAGACUUUUUACGUCAGAGGAAGGCUUGUAUUUCUAAUGGCUCUAGUUUCUUUUAAUUUAACCUCACAGUCAGUCACACUAACAGCCUGUGUUUAACAUAAAGAACAUGUGUAGUAACCAUAAUUGUUGCAUAAGGAGAUGUAUAACAUGCUGUGCUUUACAAAGGUGGUGCCAAUAAGGCAAUUGUUAAAAAGUAUUGAUCCUUAGGAAAUGAUGCAAAAGGAAACAACCCUGUUUCCCAGUGUUGUGUCCCACACAGAUAAGCAAUGCACUUGCUAAUUUUAAAGCCAGAAAGGGAAGGAAGCAUGACAGCAAAGUUUCCGCCAUAGCAAACACUGUAGGGGGGAAAAAAAAAAAAGCAAAAAGCCUGUCUUGGAAAAAGCUUAGUGUUCAUCCGUCUGCUUGGAGUCAGUGUGGAAUCUAACACCAGCUUCUGGUGGAAUAAUGGCACAUAAUGAAACACAUCCCCUUUUGGAAAUACUAAAAUCAUUCAAUCUUGGCGAUAUGAUUCUAGCCUUCUGUUUAUCUGUGCUUGUGGGCCUGCUGCUGGGUGCUUUGGUAUAUGUUCUGUUGACCUGGGCUUCCAGGCGCAGGGCCACCGCCAGGAUCACCAGGCGCUCUAAAAAGAAAUCUGGCACUUCACAAUCAAACAACCCCAUGAGUGGCCAGCUGGGCCUCUACAGAAGCACUUUUCUAAGCGUCUACAGACAGCCCUCUCUGGAGCCGGUGGGCCCCCUGGGGAGUAAGCCCGGCGCAGAGACGUCCACCUUUCGGCCACUGCCCAAGAGGAGCAGGGCCGGCCUGGAGAUGGGAGAGGACACCCAGAUCAGCAUGUCUGAUGACACAGCAGCUUCGACCUCGUCAGAUUCAGCCUCGCUCGUGCCAAACAAGAGACAUUCCUUCUGGUUGGGGGGCAAUGGACUUAAAGGAUUCCUCCCCUCACAGACUCCCCCUCCUGCAUACGACAGUGUCAUCCAUGCAUUUGAAGAGACUUGCACUUGAAACUGUCUGCGUCAAUACAACAAGAACUGAAAAAGAGAGAGAGAGAGAGAGAGCAUUCUGGGAUUACAGUGGACUUUGUGGCUGUGCUCUGCUCUUUAUAAGGAACAGUUAUUUUUGCGUUUUGAGUGAUCAAACCAUUUCUGACACUUUUCAGUCCAAAGCAGCAGUGUGUCUUUAACUGAAUAAGACUCUUACACAAUCAUGUAGUGUCAGCUCAGUAUCAUAUUAUGAGAUAUAGAGUUAGGGUGGGUCUAACUAAUCAAAUAUUUGCAUAUCAUUUUCUCAAUUAAUCAGUUGCUUUUUUUCUCUAUAGAAUGUCACAAAAUAACCAAAGAUUACCUGUUUCCUGGGGCCAAAGGUGACUACUUUAAAUGUCUUUGUUUUGUCCCAAUGUCAAAAAUAUUCAAUUUACAAUGAUGUAAAACAGAUACAAAUUCUUUGACAAGCAAAUUUUUGGCCUUUUAGGAAGAAAACGAUCAAAAAUGAGGGAAACACUGUGUGCCAGAUAUUUAAAAUGAUCUAAUAUCACAAUAAAGAUUUGAUCGUGAUUUUA